GCCAUACAUGUCUACCUAUGUCACCAUCUGGACUCACCAUGACCUGAGGAAUGCGCAAUAUUCACGAUGAGCUCGAACAACCCUUCCGGAGAUGGAGGUGCUGGGCCUUCGAGCAGCAGAGGUGGCGAUGCUUCGAGUAGUCGGCGCGGUCCUGGCAGUCGACCUCAGUACAUGACCGUCGGCAGUGGAUCUACGUCGGAGGCAGCGUCGAGGCUGCAGGCGCUGCUGGACGAAGAUUCUGGGUACGGAGGAAGCAAUACGGGCGACGACACGAUGGAGAACGCAUGGCAUCCGGGGCCCGCGGUGGAUCGAUACACACCUGCGCAUACACCGGCGCGGCCUGGCGAGAGUAACCCGGACUCAGAGAACGAGUCGCGCGCUCUGGCGGCACACGUACACCAGAUGUUUUACAAUAAGAACCGUACGGCGCUCGGCAGGGCGAUCAAUCAGACGGUCGAGACGUUGAAGAAGUUGCAGGAGAUGAAUACGAAAUGGCCGGCGCAUUACCCUACUGUGCAACGACCGCCCACGCCACCACCUGCGAGACCUGCACCACGCCCUGGUCUCGCCCACACACAAACCACCUUCGAUCUGGACAGCAUAGAAUCUGCGCCUCUUCGACCACAUCUGCCGAGGCGAGCGGGCACGACACUGGGGAUGGAUCCUGAAUCGAGCACAAAUGCUGAGCGCCGUGGAUCUGCUCCGACUACAGAACCACGGCUUGUCACACCUCAACUGGCACAGGACUUCUCUGUGUUGAAGAUUGAGUUGAAGAUGGAGGGCUUAGCACAAUCAGACAUCGUUCACUCGUUGGAAAAACAGUCGGUGGCCGCGCUAUUGGACAAUCAAAUCAACAAAAGUGUACGGCAUUUGUUUGCAUUACGGGAACGAAUCGAAGAUACAUCAAGCAAAGUUCUCAUUACUGGAGAUUUGAAUGCAGGAAAGUCAACAUUCUGCAAUGCCCUGCUGCGCCGUAAGGUGCUCCCAGAAGAUCAGCAGCCCUGCACCGCCAUCUUUUGCGAAGUGCUUGACUGCAGAGAAAAUGGCAAUCUCGAGGAAGUCCACGCAAUACCGCAUGGAGCCGUUUACGAUCGCAACGACGAAAGCACGUAUCACGUGUAUCAAUUAAAGCAGCUCGAUGAUAUUGUUAUUGACAGUGAUCGGUAUCAGAUGUGCAAGAUUUAUAUCAGGGAUGCACGCCCGGUAGACCAAUCACUUCUAAACAAUGGCGUCGUAGACAUUGCGCUCAUUGACGCCCCUGGAUUAAAUAACGAUUCCUUGAAGACGACAGCGGUAUUCGCCAGACAAGAAGAGAUUGAUGUUGUAGUGUUCGUGGUCUCUGCGGCCAACCACUUCACUUUAUCCGCAAAGGAGUUCAUAUUCAAUGCUGCACGAGAAAAGGCUUACAUGUUCAUGGUUGUCAAUGGCUAUGACCAGAUUCGCGAUAAGAAGCGUUGUCAAGAAAUGAUCCUCAAGCAGGUGGCGCAUCUCAGUCCAGCUACAUUCAAGGAGUCGUCCGAGCUUGUUCACUUCGUAUCAAGCAAUGCGAUCCCUGUCGGCCCGGGGCCUGGCGGACCACCCGGUGGUGGUUCGUCGGGUGGCUCGCACUUUGACAGUGGCGAUAGCAGUUCGGAUAAGGGCGCUGAAGACGAUGACGGGAUCAAUGGCAAGCACGGCGAGCCAGGCUCGCCGCCAGAUAAGAAGAAAGGCAAAGGCAAGGAGAAGGAGGCAUUGGAUGACUUCAGCGAGCUCGAAGCUUCUUUGCGUCGAUUUGUGCUUGAGAAACGAGCGCGAUCUAAGCUCGCACCUGCAAAGACAUACCUGAUGAAUGUCCUUGGCGAUCUCGGCACGCUAGCAGGUGUCAACAAGGACGUGGCACAGAGCGAACUUGAUCGCGUGACAGAAGAGCUUCGCAAGCUGGAGCCAGAAUACGAAGCAUCGAAGAAAUCUCGGUCAGAAGCUGAUGAGCACGUGGCGAGUAACAUUGAAGAGACCACCAACGACGUAUACAGACUGACCAGGCAUACCAUUACUGACUCUAUCAACAAGGUCGCGGAGAGCGACCUUGGAGUGGACUAUCCUGGCGUUCUUGGAGCAUAUGGUUAUGCCGAAGACUUGAAGACUGCAAUGCUGCAGCAAAUCACCGAGACAGUACGCUGGUGUGAAGAACGUGCUCGCGAGAAGACGGUCACUGGAGUGAGCAGCAUCAAGUCGCUGGGCAUAUUGCAUCUCGGCGACAACUAUGUGGAUCUACAGUUCCGUUCGGAGAAGAUGUUCAAGAGCAGAAGAGAUGCGCUUGCAAGACAAGUAGACUUUGAGCCCGAGCUAUGGGAUUUCUUUGAUUUCGCCAGCAUCUGGGAGCGACAGGAAAAAGUCGCCGGCACAAGCAUGGCAGUCACAGUCGCUGGAGUCGUUGGCACUCGCCUGAUAGGCGGCUUUGGCUGGGUGGACGGCGCUCUCACCGCGACGAAGAUUGUGGGCGCGAACAAUCUUCGCCGAGCGCUCAUUCCCAGCGUCAUCCUGGCGUUUGCGUUGGGUGUCUCCUACGCCGUCUCCCAAAUUCCACACUCGCUACCCCGGCGCCUCAGCACCAAGCUCGCCGCACAGCUGGCAGCACUCGAUUACACGCAUUCGAAUUCCUUGCGCAUCAGCUCCGAAGUCCGCCGCGCGUUGAAGUUCCCUGCGGAUAAACUUCGCGAGGGUCUCCAACGCAACAUGGAACAACUGCAAGAACGCAAAAAGGAAACCGACAAGAUUCGAACCGAGAAUGAGGUCGCGAGAAAGUACUUUGGCAACUUGGUACGCGACAGUAACGAUAUCAGGAGUAGAGUUGACAGAGUCGAUUUGGAAGGUCCUGCUCCUGGUAUUGCUGCUGCUUAUGAUAUGUAAUUUCCUGCAUCGCAGGUACUUUCUUCAUUUUCUUUCCUCUACAGUUUGGUUGGGAGCAUUGGGUCAGCAUCUUAUUUGCGUAAAAUGGCGUUGGGAAUACCGAGUACAGACGCAAAGAAUGGCGAAGAAGAUCAACCCAUAUUCCCCCCCUUUGGCCGAAAGACAGCAGCACCCUAGUUGGUUUAUAGUUUAGUUGUAGAUGCUUAAGGUCUCUCUUCUCAGAAGGAAAAUUUCUCAAUCACUCGAUUUCGUCCUAUCUGCCGCUGUUGCCGUAAUCAGGUAUGUAAAGUGUCUGUCCUCUUCUUCUCCUUCUUUUCAGUCUUCUCCUGUAACAGCGAGUUAUAGUGAUCACCCAAAACACACACAAAAAGAAAACCGGCCAUCAUCAUGUAGCUACUAGCGGCCUGCCAAUAACACCAACGCUUUCCAUACCACAUACCGCAUCACAAUCGUAAUCAAUCACUCUCCGCGUUUCUCGCAUGGUGUUCCUCGAUGGCCUCUUUAUGCUUCGCGGCAAUGUCUGAACUGGACUUAUUGCGACGAUGUCUGAAUUCUUUGACUGUUUCCACAGACGCGAGAGAGCGUGGUACCUAGACACGCGGACUGAGACUGUUUGCAGAUUCUCCUGCAGGCUGUGUAACACUGACUUCUGGGCCGAAAGAGGAUACUGGAGUGGCUGCGCCGGCCGGAGUACUGAGUCCCAUGGGACUGGCGACGCCGGAUUGCGGCACGGGUAUCUGAAUGUCUUGGGGACUGCCGGGGAUGAUGCUCGAGGGAAGAUCGGAGAUGUGGAUACGUCUGGCACUAUUGUUGUAAGAGGCAGGGAUGACUUCGAUGAUUUCGUCGCGCGGAAACUCCAGAGUAGGGAUGUCGUGUGCGGAGCAGGCCAUGAGGUAUCCGUAGAGGACACGAAGGACAGACUCGUGCGCAAUGAUCAGUAAGUCGUUUUGUUCGCGCUCGAGCUCGAGAAUGAUAGGCUCGAGCCGGACUGCAAGAUCGUGGUAUGACUCUGCUCGUGGAUACCGAUGGUGAUAAGGAUCUUGCUCGUGCUUGGCUACUUCCUCGGGAAACAGCUCACGGAUUCUGCGCUCACUCAACUUCUCGCAUACACCAGGAUUCAGCUGGCUCAUUUGGCUGCGCUGCCGCACUCUGUAUCCCUUUUGUUCGAGGUACGAAGCAGUCUCGACGGUUCGCUUCCGCGUUGAUGUCCAGAUCUGGAGUGGUUUCGACGCGGUGGAUUCGGGGGCCCCAUUCUUGAUGAGGGUCUCCCUCUCCAUCUCCCGAUGAGCAACGAUGGCAUCCGUCAUUUUGCGUGCGUAAUCCUGCCCUUCGGCACUCAGACUGGCAUCGCCCUUGAAUGUUUCUUCCUCUCUCGUUGUGCCAGCGCGGACAAAGUACAUCUGCCGACUCUUGAUGUGCAGAUUGAGAAGAUAGAAUACAAUCCGCUGGGACAAGUAGCCGAAGGCACAGCUGUUCACGAUGACACGCUCCCCAGCAUUGAUCAUCUUCACAUAGUGCAAGUCACGCUCCUCGACACCUUCGUAGUGCGGUAUCCGGGCGUUGAUCCGUCGAAGAUAGUCCUGGACGGCAUCUUCGGGUUUCCAGCCAACGUAGUCGGGCGAGCUAAUCUUCACAGCACGGACAUUUUCCUCAAUAAUACGCUCGUCUGAGCACGUACACUCGAUGAACAUGGUCUGUACGCCCUGUUUUUCGAACUCUCUGGCGAGCGCUCGUCGACCAGUAGCCAAAGGGUUCACAGCAUCGUAUAUGGCAAUUUGACCAUUCUCGUGAUUGAGAAAAUGAAAAAUGUCUUCUCUACACUUCUUGAGGAUCUUAUUCCGCAAAAGGACGGAGGACGUGCUGGCGUUGAUGUGGAAGUAGUCUUCAGGCACUUCUCCCUUGGCGCCGACGAAGGCUCUUCGAUAGUCGCCGAGAUGGAAGAUGUGAGUCUUGACACCUAACCACCGCAGGUAUCGUGCCAGGGCGACACUGAUAUGUGUCUUGCCUCGAGCAGGAAGGCCCACGGUGGCAAUCACGAUUCGGCCAGAGUGGAAGAGUCGACCAGACUCGGUCGAGUACAGCUGCGCAGGGGCCAUGGAUGCUUUCUCUGGAAGAUCAUGUAUUGCAUCGACAUAGGUGCUUGAGCGGCGCCGGAAAUUGGGCGCGGAGCCUGCCACAUCGGCGGUAAGUAGGGUGUCCAUGUUGGACUGUCGCUGGCCGGUGGUACAGGCAGUUGCCACCACUACGACUACCACCACCACCACCACCACUACCACUCGCGUCCUGGCUGCACUUUCACCUCACUCUCACUCGAGCUAGUGCGGAAUACGGGGCAGCGUCCCAGUCCGGCGGGAAGUGCACGAGCGGAGCACUGCAGUGAGGUGCAAACUGCGAAAAGCCGGUCGUUGCGCGCUCUCGCCUUCUCCCUUAUUGCUCGCUCUCUUCCUCUCUCUCUCCAGCUCUCCGGGCCGGGACGACGGUGUAACAAGUGGUCAGAGGGUUGCAAGCUGGCGGAAGGA